UAACUUCCCGUUCCGACUCCACCACUCUGGCAAACAACCUCCCCCGGGUUUCGAUUCCUGAUGAUCGUCUGAUCUGUUGGAGCGUUACUGCUCACAGCUCAUCAUGUUCAGGGCCCUUAUGGGCGGGGGCCGCUCCUCCUCCGAUGUCCGCAGCAGUUCGAGUACCAAAAGCACUAGCCGCCGCCGCCGCCGCCAAACCGACUCGAGAUCUUCGACACCGAGCCACAAAUCCUCACGGGGUGACGACCGUGACCGUGGUUUGGGUGAUCUAUCGACCUAUCCAUCAUCCAGCAGCCGUAACAGGCGGUAUGCGGCCAGCGCGGCCGGCGAAUCGGUCGCUUCGAGUUAUGCGACGGCCGACCAGGGCUUUGCACUCGAAUCCGACCGUAUCGUGCUCGAGCGUACGCCAAAGCGCAGCGACUCGGAUCUCACUGAUCGUCGCGAUCGUUAUCGAGACUAUGGCGAGGCCGAAGACAAAUACUCUCGCAGGCGUGAGCGGGCAAGGUCGCCAAGUCGUGAGCGAGAGCGCCUGCGAUUGGAACGGGGUGAACGUCAGAGUGAGACGCUAUCAAGUGGUCGCGAAAGUAAUCAUUUAGAGCGACGACGGACACAGUCGGGCGACAGUUAUGCAACAGCGCCCGCCGAUGACACCUCGAUUUUGCGAUCGAGGAACGAAUACGAUACAUCCGGACUACCCUCGCAAUCCGCCCAUCAAGCUCAUGACCACCUUCCAGGAACCUCAAGCUCGGGUCUGCCGCAUGUGCCGGCCUUCUACGAUCCUCAUGUGCAACAGCAGUUUCCUGACCAAUUUCCCGCAGAUUUUGCGGAACCAUACAGACCGCCCAACCCUGCCGGCGAAGCUGCGGAUUAUUAUGGUGACCAAGGCCAGUCAGUCCACGAUCAACCGGGUGUCCGUCCGAAACCCCAGAUGGUGAUUCCGAGCAGCCAAGCGCAUUUGAUGACUGCUUCUCCUGUGCCGAACCCACCACCCGAGCCCAGCAGCAUAGGUCAAGUUGGCGCAGCGGCUUCGUACUAUGACGACGAUGCUGUCCCAGGUUCCUCGAAUCCGCAGCAUGAUCCGGAGCAAAGCACCUCGAUCCCGCCCCCGAAGCCAUCAAAGCCACCAAAGCCAUCGGUCCAAAUUGCAGAGCCAUCUCUGCCAGCCGUCACUCCGCCCGCAGCCGCCACCACAGCAGUCGAUUUCUCAGAGCCAGUAUAUACGGAAUCACCUUCAGCCUACGCCCCGCCGAGUCCGCCGAUAGCACAGAAACCACCUCCUCCGCAUGGGAUGGGGGCAACAGUUGGCGCGGCGGCGGCAGGGGCAGCGGCCGGUUACAUGAUGGGCCAUCAUCAUUCCUCCAGCGUUCAUUCUUCUCAAUAUACCAUGCAAAAUUACGAGGAGCUUUCUCAACACGAGGGGCCCCAUGGCGGUCUUGCGACGUACCCUCCUCUCGAGGACCCAGCCCUCCAUGCGGCAGGAGUUGGGUAUGCAGCAAGUCCUCUUCAUCCUCAUCAUGCUGCUGUCUAUCAUGGCGCCCCGUUUCAGUCUGGCCAACUGGCCUUCCAACAACGCCAGCGUGGUCCUUUGGACAAAUUUAUCGAUUUUUGGCGCGACACCGAAGCGGUGGGGAUGUUUGAGGACUAUACAGAGUCUAUCGGUAUCUGUCAAUAUUGUUUCGAGCCUGGCACAUCAUCUCGGGACGCACCUCGCAAGCACAAUCACGGCCCUCGGCGCAGCCAAGCCGAUCGUCAUAGCACAGGCUCCAGGGUCGAUAAAGCAAGUCGUUAUACAUCUUCCGAUGACGAAGGAAGACGUCGCAAGAGGUCGUCGGGAAGCUCAUGGCUGCCUGGAUUACUUGGAGGAUAUGCGGUCAAGUCGAUCUUUAGCAACAAGGAAUUUGACGAAAGCUAUAGCAUUCAAUCUGGCCGAGUUGCGAGCUCACGUCAUUCUUCCCACAGCAGUGAGGGUGCGUCAACCACCGGUCGACGAAGUCAAACGUCUCGUGGUGUGUAUCGACGAACCAACCGCAGUAAAUCUCGUGAGCGGACUGAGCGAAGCUCGUAUGCGGACCUGCCAACAAACAAUUACAAGGAAACCCGGGCUCGUUCUCGUUCUCGGUCCAGAUCCUCAUCUCGAACCCAGCGGCAGGCUGCCCUGAGGGAUGCAGCACUGGGUGCUGCUCUUGGAACAGCAGCGCUGUCACAGCGUGAGUCACACCGCGAGACCAGCAGCCGUAUCUCUUCGUCGUCUAAGAAACAAAACCGAAAGGCUUCUUCAUCUGAUGAAUCAUUUGUUGACAUUUCACGACCAGCUCGAAAGCCCAUGAGCAGCGGUCUUAGUUCCUUUUUCACUGCUUCAUCUGAGAAUCGCCGGAAGCAACGGAGCAAGAAACGCCGGGGGCUAUUUUCCUUCAACAACUCGUCGUCAUCCUCCUUAGACGCUGAUCUCGCAUUCGGGAGUGGCUUCACAAGGAAGCCAACACGCAAGUCCGAGAGGCGGAGUAAGAAGGAAGGAGAAGUGGACUCAGCACUGCUUGGGUUGGGUGCAGUAGCAACAGCCUUGGCCGCCUCGUCUCAGAGAAGAAGUCGACGGAGAGGAGAGAUCCUCGCCGGCAAGAACUCUCGAGCGAGUCGGUCAGAUUAUGCCUCUUCUGCCACCAAUGAUGAUGGAUGGGAAGACUUAGAUUCGGGCGAGCAAUCUUCCUCAAGUGUCAGCUCUGGUCUCGCAUUUGGUGGCAGCGGGCUCUUUUCGAGUAGUGACUCUCAGCACUCUUCUGACUCGCAGACCUCAAAGUGGACUUGGGGAUGGGGAAACAAGAAGAGGACGAAGAAAAGGAACAGGAGAAGUUCCAGCCAAUCUGAAAAUCAGCUACCUACCGGUAGUGCAGUGGCUGCUGGGCUUGGAACGGCUGCUCUUGCCUCGAGUUAUCGCCGAGACGCGAAGUUAUCCAGCCAUGAUGCUAGCAGCGCCCCCAGCCUUCAACAGGUGGCCCCAAUGCCCAUCAAUGAUUCUUCGCGCCUCAACAGUUUCGAUGUCUCGUCAAUGCCUCCAAGCCAGCCAACCCUAGUUCGACCCGGUCCCAUCCCGUUACAACAACCGCAACCGAUUACGCCGGUCUCCCAAGCGGUAUACACUAGCCAAGGAGAGCCUAUCCCUGCUUACCGUGCACCCAGCGGGUUGCCCGUCUUUGAAGAAUCGAUCAUGCCCCACGAAACCAGGUUUUAUGAGAAGAGGAACGGCGACCGCACUGAUCGAAUUCCAGAGUACGAUGCUCAAAGUGGAAUGGCGUCAAGGACUAAUCGUGCACAUAGACGCAGCGACUCAUCACCCGUCUUCCACACAGAACCUCUAGAGGGAGCCCCAGUCCCCGGAGUCAACCGCCGCUCCACCGUCAAAGAUCAAGCAUCUGUCCAGUUUGACCUCACAGACGAACAGGCGGACAAGGAGCGACGAUCCACUUUACUGGAAGAAAUGAGACGGGAUGCAGAACAUCAAAAUGGGGUACAGUUGGUUGAUAAGGAGCAGGAGAUAGCGGCUUGGGAGGCAGAGCGCCGAGCAAGCCGACAGAAAGACCGAGACCAUGAGAGACGCCAAGGGGAUGAUGAGCGCUCACGUCACGAGAGAGAAUCAUCAUCAUCGUGGGUCAGUGCAGCUGCAACAGGCACCAUAGGUGCUGCUGUCGCAGCUCCAAUGAUAUCGAGCAGGGCCUCGUAUGAUGAAGCGUCUGAAGCAGCGAGCCAGCGACGCCAUGAGGAACGGCGAGAGAAGCGCCGGGCCGAAAGACGUCGAAUGCCUGAAUCCGCUUCAGUAGCGUCAGGCCUACCGAUGUCAGAAGCGCCCAGCAAUACGGUAGAGGAACAUCAACAAACGGGCCGUCAUCAAGAAAGUGUAAAGACCCAUGCGUUCAGGGACCUCUAUCGCAAGAAACCUGUCUAUGACAACUAUGCGCAAUUCUUCGCUCCUGAGGAACUCCGCUAUAGCCCUGAUACUUACAAGCGCCGGGAGCCCACCUCGAUGCCAACUAUCAUUGAAGCAGAACCUGCAAUCGAUUCAUUGCGUCUAACAGAGGAGUCACAUCCUGAAUUUAGUGGUCUCCCAUGGCCUGUGCCAGCACUGAAGCUCAUCGAACCCACGCCUCCUCAAAGUCUGAGUGGCUCGGUUAGAGGUGCUCCGUCUCCAAUAACAUUGAUCCCUGCGCGUCCUCAUGAAAGUGAUCAAACCGAGCGCCCGGCAGCCGGCUCGCGUGUCUCGUGGGGCAAGCAUGAGACGCAUGAAUACGAGGUGCCCUCAACAUCCUCUGAGCUUGAAUCAGUUGAGGACUUUCCAAGAGGAUCUGAACGCGUCCAACGGAGCGAUCGAACCUUAACGCAAGAUAUCCACGACAUCCGCAAAGACAUCCAAGACGUUCCACGCUCUGGCCGCACGCCGCAUAUGGGUGGUGCUGAUAUAGAGUUUGCAGCUGCUGUGGCCGCAGCAACUGCAGCUGCAGGCUUUGACCCCGCGCUUGUCACAGAUGACCCCAUUUAUCAUACGCGGACACCCCUCCCUACUGAAGCCAACAUUACAUUCAUCUCACCAUGGGGAGAGACUGCUCACCCUCGUAUGGAGCAUCACGGCUUUGUCGAAGGUGAGGUCGAGACACCGGAUGAUAAUGGGCACGAAAAGCCAAUGACAGACCUUCCGAGCACAGAUGAGCCUAUUAGAUCUGAGUCAGGCCCCAUCGUUACCACGGAACAGAAUGACCCACCACGGAUCUCCAUUGCUCAAGAGGUUAUCGAGCAACUUAGCCAAAGAAGGGAGCCCCAUGAUAGCUUCAGACAGGCAUUCGAAGCAAGCGGCAGUAAACCUACUGUAAUCCUUCGUGGCCCGCGGGAUGAAUUUGCCUCGUCAGUCGAAGAGGCUCUUUCUAUGCCUGGCGGAUUUGAUACGGGGGAGUCAUGGGACCAGUCAAAGACAAUCAGUGGCUGGGACCCAGUGAACAAGGGCGAUCCGAGAUCAGUGGUUUCAGCGCCGAUUCUUAGAGAUAUCUCUCCACCUGCAAGGCAGGAAAAGGAAGAGCAGAGUGACAGCCUGAGUGAUUCAGGGCCUCACGAAGAUGAUAGGUCGUCAGUGGCCGAAGCUGACAGUGUAGAAAAGAGAAGAAGGCGGCGCAAGAGACGUUCCAAGCGUGAUAGUGACAACUUGGGGGACCAAACCUCAGCCGCUUCAUCGCUUACCAGGCUCGCAGACCCCGGAGAAAAGUCUCGAAAAAAGGAUGAAACAGACAGGGAAAAGCGCUCAGGGGGCUUUCUGAGCAAUCUGUUUGGCUCGAGAGUUUCGGAGCCCGUGGCUAGCAGAAGUUCAUCUGCCGAUAGACGAUCCUCCCGCGAGGUUCAAUCCGAGGUCGUCCCUCCACGUAAAGAAAAGUCUUCUCGGCGGCGCAGUUCUCGUCGAGCCGACUCGCUGGACGAGGAGCCGGUGGCCCGCAAAUGCGGUGCCCUGGAUGAUGAGAGCUUGGACGGUCCCGACAAAGAGAAUAUCAACCUUGAGAGCUAUAAGUCCAGCAGACAGCGAAGAGAGGACAGACGACGGCAAAGAUACGAGGAUGUUCUGGACUCUGGAAGGUCGAAAGAGUAUGAGAAGGAACCAAGCUUCUCACAAGAAGACGAGCCACGGUCUUUUUUAGUGGACGGCCCCGGGAUGCCAGGUCAGGUAGAUGCGGGUGAUCAGCAUCAGCAUGGUGCUCCGGGGCAUGAGGAUUCUGCAAUCACAGGAUUAGGGCUGAAUGUCUUGGAUCAACGACUAAGAAGUCGCUCGGCGUCUCCGCCUGCAUCGGAGAAGGCUGUCGAGCCCGCUCCCCUGUCGCAGAGUAGACCGACUUCCCCUGAGAUGAAAAAGGCCCAGGAGGCCCAAGAGGCUCAGGACGAGGAAUCAGGCCAACGGUCUCGACGGUCCUCAGUGCUGCGUACGGUCGAUUCUCCCACGGCGGUCCCUCUGCAUUUCCGCCGACCCCCUACUUCUCCCCGCUCAACCCGAUCACCUUCACUUUCAUCCGUGACACCUUCACCAAGCUCUCCAACCCAUGGACGUCACCGCCGGCCGGCUUCAACAGAGUUCAAAAACUCUCGAGAAAUUCGACCUCUUUGGUUAGUAGAGCGGCAUAGCAUCACCAAAGCCGAACCACAACCGGGCGAGGCUCUGCCUUCGUUGCCAUCGAGCAAGACUACUUCAGCCAACGCGUCAGCUGAAGACCUCACGGCUCUCCCUGAUGAGAAGAACUGGGAAAUGGUGGACCUCAGUCAAUGCAUUCAUGACCCACCGCGACCUAGCGACCUAGACCUUUCUGCGGCCAAGGACAUCUCGGGUGACGGCCACCAGCAUGACUUCCUCGGUUCACAACAGGGAACACCCACUGCAAAUACUUUCAACCACGUCUAUCACCAAUCCCCACCCAAGAGAGAAGAGCUGAGGUACGAGUUUCAUUCACCUUCUGAGCUGUUGCAGGACCUUAGUUCGCACCCUGAUCUUCCCCCAUCUCCGGUAAUAAACGCGCUGCCAUCGGCCGAAGGCUCUGCACUCGGUCUGAAGGAAAGCAAUGAUGUGGAUUCGAAGCAGGACAUGGACCUCAUUGAGGCAAUCCGGCCUUCAACCCCGGAGAAUAAGAUCGUCCACGCCUCAGAGGCAUUCGAGACGACACCUACCCAAACGAAGAUAGCCUCUCCUCCGAUGCAAUUAGACUCCUUUCGUCCCAGCCAGGAUUUUACUGGGCUCGUCGAUGCGAGACCAUUGCACACCGCGGAGAAUCGUUCGAUUUCACCUUCACCUUCUCAUGCAAGUACCUCCGCUGGACUCAACGCUCUUGUUGGUGCAGCAGUUGCAGCAGCAAUAGGAUCAUCAGAAACCAAGGCAGAUGUCAGACCGGAGGAUAUGGCAACGGAAGUCAAUGAUCACCGCAAGAGUGAUGUGGAACAGAUGCGGAACUUGGAAACGCCGCAAGUAAAGAUAUCGUCUGACGUGCUUGGACCUGGGACAAGGAGCAUUGACAGAGAAACACGAGACAAGCCUGAUGAUGUCGAUCAUCCAUCUCUGGAGCAUGAACAGCGUCACGACGAAGACGCAAUGGGUAUCCAGCCUCCAUUAACGACGGCAGAAAACAUGCAUUCGAACCCUGCAGAUGCGACGAUUGACGUUGUCACUCCAUCCAUGCGAAAAUACGCCGCUGUCGAUGUCGAGGAUCGGGAGCUGGAGCCGGGGUCGGAGCCGGAGCCGCCAAAUUCAGUAAAAGUCAUUGCGGAGCACAGCUCAGAGGAUAAGACACAACGUGAGCAGGCUACUGAGCCACCCGUUGAACAGCCAGUCGUUGAACAGCCACCUGUUGAAGAGCUAGUCGCUGAAGAGCCAGUCGCUGAAGAGUCGCAUGCUGAAGAGCCACGCGCCGGGGAGCCACACGCUGAGCAGUCUGACCUUGAGCAGCUAAACGCUGAGACAAAUUCAAAAGAAGUCGAGAGUGUGCCAGUGCAAUCCGGAGAGCAGAUCGUUACACGUACGACUGAUACGAAGGGUAUUGACAGUCAAGCAACAAACGCUACACAGCUAGCAGGAGAAGAGAUUGAGAAGCCAGCCGAGGAGCCAAUCCCACUAGAGUCGCUACCGAAGAGUAUUGAUGGCAAGCAGGACACUAAGCUAGCCGACCAAGCAAGACCUGCAGGUGGUCUCGAUCCCCCGGCUGAAACUCGGGACGAGUUUGACAACGAGAUUGCUGAGGGCCAGCUGGAGGAUGAUGGUACCGAGGCUACUGCCCCCAAACCAUCAAAGAAGAAGAGCAAAAAGAAGAAAAAGAAGGGCAAAAGCAUUGAUCUUGAUCCUUCGGAGCCUUCAUCACCACGUCAGGAGCCAAUUCAUUCGGUUGAACCUCAACCAGAACUAGAUUCCUUACAAGCCGCGGAGCUCGAGAAAGCAGUGGAGUUCUUACCGCAAGAUUCACUUUCACCUGAGCAAGUCACCCAAGAGCGAUCUGCUGCAGCUGUAGAAGAGUCAGCCGAGCUGCCCUUGAAGGCAGGGUCACCACCAGCAGAGGAAGCGCUUAUUCUCGGACAAGUCCCGGCUGAGGUUGAAGAGCCUGAGUCUAUCCAUGACAAAACGUCAGUAGUCGGGGAAAAUGCUCUUUUAGAAGACGGCCGACCUGCUGAAAGCUUCAAGCAAGAAAGUCAUGCUGAGGCUCGUCUGCAAGACAACAGCGCGAAACCCGAUCUUGAAGCUUCUACCGAUCUUGGGGAACCAGCCGCGGAUUCCGGAGCCUCGAGCAAGAAAGCCAAGCGGGAUAAGAAGAAGAAAAAGAGCAAGGGCUCAAUCUCCCUGACGGAUAAUGAAGGUCAAGCUGAGCUUGAAGACACGGUUGAGCCUUCCGCUGAGCCUUCCGCUGAGCCUUCCGCUGAGCCUUCCGCUGAGCCUUCCGCUGAGCCUUCUGCCGAGCAUUCUGUUGAGCCCUCCGUUGAGCCCUCCGUUGAGCCCUCCGUUGAGCCCUCCGUUGAGCCCUCCGUUGAGCCCUCCGUUGAGCCCUUCGUUGAGCCUCCCGCUGAGACUUCCGCUGGACCUUUCGCUGAACCUCCAGGAGGAACUAUUAUACAGGCAAUCGAACCCAGCCAACAAGAACCUACAGUCGAGCCGGCCGGGCCAGCUCAUGAGGCAAUUACGGUGGAGCAUAAGCAAGACAUUCAUGAGCCUGCGGAGACAAGCACCAAAGUCGCAUCGGAAGCACCUCCUGCAGAUGUGGAGUCUCAUAGAGCACCUGCCGAGGGAAGAGAACUUGUGAAUGCAGACCUGACUGUUCCACUAGAAGAGUCACGGAACAUCAAUGAAGAGUCCUCUCCUACAAUUCCUGCAGGAUACAAAGGCCAAGCAGGGCCUCCAGAGCCCACUACUACAGACGUACUAUCACCGGAAGAGCCCUCGUUUCAGCCGGCAAAGUCCGAAGAUGGCAAGAUAUCUCGGCCUUCCGGCGAAACACUGGUCUCUAAUUCAGAUCCUGCUCUCGAGAAACUUGAUAACAGUCAAGAAGAGGUCUUUGAGGACGCCGAGGAACUCAGGGAGGCCGAAGCCGCAACCACAGAAGAUGACGCUGGGCAAUAUGCUUCCAGCGGCAAAGCCAAGGAGAUGGUGCCACCGACUGCCUUGGAAAAUCUCCAUACAAAUAAAGGAAUGAUGGAGCCAGCUUCGAUUGGCAAUUGGCUUGAGAUCAGGCACCAUCGAGAUCCAACCCUCGAUCACGUCACUCGAGAAGAGCAGAGUAUCGAAGAAAAAGAGCCAGGCUCUUCUGCGCCCGAACCUCAUCCUGAAGACGUUCCUGUUCCGGCGGAACAAGCUGACAUAGCCGAAGAACUGAAGCCAGAUGAUGCUCAAGCUGUCAGCACUGAUCCAGAGCCUUCUCUGUCGCGUAAGGCCAGUAAAAAGAAAAAGAAGAACAAGCGCAAGAGUAUCACAGAGGCGUCCUCAGAAGCACCCAUUGAUGGCGAUUCUCACUUAAAGCCUGCUAGUGAACCAGUGCCCAGGGCUGAGGAUGGAACAAAUAAUGAAGUUAGGCCUGAAGAUGUAGUAGCGCCAAGUGCGACUGACACAGAGCCAUUGAAAGCCGAUUCUUCAGAACAAGAACACCUUGAGAAAAAUAAGGUGAACGUUGACCAAAAUCGAGAGGACCAGGAAACUACCGCUGAAUCUGCUCUUGCCAUGGUGGAUGGGUCUCAAACAGGCGACAUGAGCGAACAAAAGCCGGGGACCCUCACCAACGUGACUGAGGAAGAUCCACCGAAGAAGAAGGGGGAGAGCAAGAAGAGGAAUCGCAAGUCUACAGGGUCCUCCGAUGGUCAGCCCGAGCCUGAGCUCAUGCAUGAAUCCGGGCCUGAACAAAACCACGAGCAGGCCGUCGACGCGGGCGAUUUUACCGUGGAAUCCCUGAAUCAAAAAAGCGGUGAAGUGUCACUCGAUGAAGGUCAGGAUCUGCAGUCAAUAGGCCUGGAGAAUUCCCCGGAUAAGGUGCCAGCAGACGCAAAUGUUCCGAACGCAGAGCUUGAGCCCAUUAGUCUUCCUGUGGAGUACGUCGAAGCCAAUGAUGACACAACACAUGUGUCUGGACAAGAACAACCGACAUCACUAGAGUCUGUACCUGAAACAGAGACUGAUGCGGGGGAGGCUACACCGAUCGGCAAGAAGAGUAAGAAGAAGAAACAGAAAAAGAAUAAGAGCAUCUCCACCGCUCCUGAUGAAAGCCUUGUUUCCGAGUCACCUUCAGUUGAAGGUGCAUCGGGCGGGGCGGACGCUCCUGCAGCCACGGAAGAAGCUCCGGCUGUCACGGAGAAUCCUGUCGCAUCUCCAGUGGCUGUCCCUACGUCAACAGAAGGAGCCCCGGCUUCCACUGAGGGCAAUUCUCCCUUGAAUGAAGAAGCGCCUGUUGUUGUGAAGGGCGCGGUCGCAUCUCCCGAAGUCGUCCCUGUAUUGACUGAAGAGGGUUAUGCUUCUAGAGAAGGGACUCCUGCCGUGACCGAAGAAGUGCCAGCUACCAAUGAAGAUACUCAAGCUCAUAUGGGAGAAAACUCUGCCCCGAAAAGUCAAGACAGCAAGCAAGCAGUGCCGAUUACAAGCGAGGAGGUGGGCAGCAUGGCCGAGCUUAGGGAAGUUCCAGCACCUGAGGAACCUCCAAUGACUGCCGCGCAGAGAAAGAAAGCCAAGAAGGAGAAGAAGAAGUUGCAGAAGCAGAAGGCCAAGUCAGUGGAAGACACUCCUAUCUCUGAGCCUGGAACACCAAUUGUCUCCGAGAGCGCCCCAGACAAUGAUUUGCCGACUAACGAAGGAACUUCUACUCCCUUGGAACAUCCGAACUUUGAGAGCACUGCGGCUGAACAUGCUGAGGUAGUGGAGCUCGCCAAAGAAGAUGCCCAAGAGACAAUCGCAGAUGAAACUGCCGCUGCAGUUGCCGAGGAAGCCACGCCAAUUAGGGGAUCUGAAACAAUGCCUGAAGAUGGAGCCAUCGACAGUGCAUUGAAUGAAAACACAUCAGUCGAAGCCCCGACAUUCGCGGGACCCGCCAUUGAGGAAGCGAAGGAUGAAAGCCCAUCGGAUUCUAGUUCGAAACCUCCAAACGAAAUGCCGCCAAUCGUCGAGACAGCUGAAGUGGCGGAGCAAGAAAGUAUUCCUGCCAGCAAGGGAGUUGCAGAUAUCGAGGAUGCGGCACCUGGUUCACCGGAUGCUCCUGGACUUACUGCCGGAAAUCUGGAACCUCCCACUGAUGCAGUUAUGGACCUAGCGCAAGAAGAUUUGGGCAAGUCAGAAAAUCCACAAGAGCAGCACGAGGCCGUUACCUCUGCUGAUUCGGAACUCAUACCCUACAGCGAAGAGCCAGGAACUGGGUUCGCAGAAUCCGAGAAGCACGACGGAGCGGUGGAGGGCACAGAAAAGGCUACUACUUCGGACAGCAUGCCAAAGAAUGAUUUGUCCAUGAAUAUGAACAUGGCUGAUUUAGGCUUCGUCAGAACGACUCCCACCGGGGACAACGAGCACAAGUACGAUGAAGCCGAAGCUGAUCUGCAAAAGAAGACAGUUGACGAUGAGCCCCAACCUACGACUUCCUCUAAGUCCAAGAAGGACAAGAAGAAGAAGAACAAAUCAACCUCGUCGCUGGAUGAGACACCGGCCGUUGCUAUUUCAACAGAAGAGAAGAAGAUAACUGAAUCGUCUUCUGGCGCCGAAGCCGUCCUUCCUACUGACUAUGCAGAGCCUUCCUCUACAUCUGAAGUCACUUCUGCGCAAACGUUCGAACAGACCACAGAUCUCGGAAACGUGCUCCCGGCGGAGACUACUCAAGAUCCCCAGGACGAUCUAAAGCAGCAAUUAUCGAAAGAGCCUUCGGAUGAGUCUUCGGUAGGGCUUGCAGAAGAGCCCGUACAAGAGCCCGCAAAGCUCGAAGGCCAAGCCGUGGAAUCAACUCAAGACACCCAGACAGCAAAGUCCAAGAAGAAGGCCAAGAAAGACAAGAAGAAGCGCAAAUCCGUAGCUUUCGCGGACAAGCAGUCAACCGACCUGAGUGAGCCAACGGCAGAGACCGGGGAAGACUUGCAAUUGAUUAUUGCGCAAGAGGCCGAAGACAAUCCCUCAGCUGACCAAAACAAGGAGCAUGAAUCAAAAGCUACUGGUCAAGACCUCCCGAGCUUGGCUCUCGAGAAGGCUCCGUCCGAAAUCAAAGCAAAUGUCGCCGAUGAGGGUGUUUCGGGACACGAUGAUCAAGCGGCGGAGCCAGUUGCCGAUUCGCCGUUAGAUAAAGUGGAGGAGGAUCAAACGAGUCAGGAAACGAAGCCGGAGCCUCUACUAGUAGAAGACAACCAAGAAUAUCAAUCUCAAGAGCCAAGUGGCAUUGCUCAUGGCGGCCCUGAAGAGGCCGGAGAAAAUGAGGAGAAAACGAAUAUCGUUCAUGACACUCCAGAGUUGCCAGAAACAAUCACGACUGAGAUUUCGGAAGCAAACAAAACGUCCGAGCCUCAACCUACCGAUGAGACUGAGCCCAAGACUCCAACUGAGACCGAGCCAGAAAUCAGUUCCACUAGAUCUAAGAAGGACAAGAAAAAGAAAAAGCGCAAGGCCAUGGACGUCAGUGCAGACACAGUCGCAUCGGCACCAGAUUCUGAAGUAGACAACGCUAUAAUCGAGCCCGCAACCCCUGCUGAGCCAGAGACUCCGAACGAGCCGGCAGUAGUCGUGGAGCAAACAAUCCCCGAAACAGAUAUUCCUGAAGACACAGUGCAGCAAGCUGAGCAGGCUGCGGGGCCAGAGGAAGAAACCGCCCCAAUGUCAGCAAAGGCAAGAAAGAAGGCAAAGAAAGAGAAGAAGCGCUUGUCGAAACUUCAAGAUGCGAACAACGCUGCGAUCAACCCCGCUGCUGACGAUGAAUCCUCACCCUUGUCGAAAGGCGGAGAAACCCAUACCGAAGAACCUCAAGGCCCAAGCGAUCUCCAGUUGCCUACCGAGACCAAGUCCGCGGGAAAAUCGCAGGAGGCGGCAAUCGUACCUGCGGAACAUGACGAGCAUCAGCAAGCAACUUCGCCAGCUUGUCCUCCCCAACUCGAGCCUGAGAACCUCGGCCCCUCGCUAGCGCCAGCUCCUACUUCCUCUGAUGCCAUCGGAAAUGAUGAUUUGGGCAUAGAGUCGCUGGGAGGAUUUGAGUCGUCCACAAUCCAAACGUCGGCACACUUGGAGGAGGCAGAGGAGGAUCUAACCACACUGCGCGCGGAAACUUUGAGGAAAGGCAAUGAGCCUGAGGCACUAUUAUCACGAGUAGAGGAUGAAAUUACCGAGCAGCAGCUCACGGCGGACGUCGACGGGGACCCAGCUCAGGAGCACGCGAAGGACACUGCCAUUACAUCGGUCGAUGGGAGCCAAUCUCAGAGCGAUGAACAAGCGGAACCUCAAGAACGAUCUUCGCCUGCGGCAACGGAAACAGAGCUAGCCACCAGUCUCCCCGAAGCAAGUGCGGAGCCUUCCACACAACCACUCGAUACCACCCCGGUUAUUGAACCAGGCAAAGGCACCUCGCUAUCCGAUGCGGAUGUUGCGGCAGAGAAGUCUCAAGGAAAGAAGAGCAAGAAGGACAAGAAGAAAAAGGGCCAGGCAGAAGUUGCAGCCCGCAAAAAGCAACAAGAGGAGCAAGAAUUGACUGCUAGGGAAGAGGCCGAGGAAGCAAAUUCCGCGGCAGGGGCUCCUAUCGAUCAACCAGUGUCAGAGUCCAGCCCUGAACACGAAGCCUCAGCAGAGGCUGUGUCAAUCGUGGGUGAACAACUUGAAGCGGACAAUCCCGAUCCCGCGCUUGUCCCUAUCCCUGAGGAGGCUGUCCCUGAGGAGGCUGUCCCUGAGGAGGCUGUCCCUGAGGAGGCUGUCCCUGAGGAGGCUGUCCCUGAGGCUGUUUCUGAGGCUGUUUCUGAGGUUAUUCCGGAACCCGUUCCAGUAGAGCUGGAAUUUCCAAGCAUUACGGCACGAGAGAGGGAAACUCCAGAGACCCUUGAGUCCAAAUCUGUUGUUCCUGCGACGCUCGUUGCAGAAUUUGGAGAACCGAAGUCUGACAUUGCGAUAGAUCCAAGACAAGUGGGUCUAGACGCUACUGCUCCAGUGAUCACGGGAUCUAGGAUUUCUUCUCCAAUCGCUACAAAUAAGGAAUUCUUAAUGCCAGAGCUUGCCUCCGGAGAGGUCUCUGUUCAGGGGUCUCGUGCUGCCCUUUCGGUGACGGCACUCAACGCAGACGAAGUGCCAAAGGCGUCCGACGAGACUGGAUCGAAAAACAAGAAGAACAAGAAAGCAUUAUUGUUGAACGAAGAGAAAGGAUGUCUUCCAGAUCUCGUUGAGCCAUCUCUCGAGCAUCGUGUCGAUAUGCCGCAGUCAACAGAUGUCACCGAAGCAGCAUUUGAGGAGCUUGUCAAUCAUCAAGAGACCACAGAUGUGAACGCCGGGUCGAGCGAUACGCAAAAAUAUCCAGGCUCGAAUGAUAAAUCCGAGAAGCUGCCGGCAUUGGUUGAGACAGCUGUCAAACAGGACAAGAUUCAUGAACAAGAGCCUGAGCCAGAAGCGUCUCAGCUGCAAGAGUCACCGCUGGCACAUAGCGUGGAAGAUACGGACGCAAACCGAGAAACGUCGACUUCGAAGGGGAACUCUACAGAGCCCAAGAUCGAGGUUCCUGACGAGGAAACCCACGAAGAAACGGUUGUUGAGAAGCCAUUGACUCGCAAAGAAUCGAAGAAGAAAAGGAAGAAGGCCAAAAAGGCGGGAAAAGGGGAGCAAGAGGAAUCGAGUGUCCCAAUCCUUGUUGAAGAGAUGACAUCUCAAAAAGCAACUCUGGAAGAACCAGUAACUACUGAAAGAGGGCUGGAAAAGAGCGUUCCUGAAGACAUCCUGUUGCAGGAAUCAAAUCACCUUGGUGCCCCGCAAGAGAGCAUCACGAUGCAUGAGACUUUGGAGCCUCCGCCAGCGUCUGACCAGCAUGAUCCCGGACAGUCGACCUUGCAUCAUCCACAUGUCGAAGAGCUCGUGAAAAGCGAUGAUCCUCAUGCAUCCGCAAAUGAUAUUGGCCAUGUUGAGGACAAAGGAGUUGCAGAGUACCAAGAUACUGUGUUCAAACACCAUGAUGACGGACAGCUCCAACAGGAUUUGCUCGCGGAGGCAUCCUUGGCGAAGGAUGAUUCAGCAGUACUGGAGGAUGUGGUCGGGAAACACCCAGAUGAUUCGGAAACAACGAAGUCCUCGACCAAGAAGCUAUCUAAGAAGGAGAAGAAAAGGGCCAAACAAGCAGCCGAAAAGGAGGCGGCUGAAGAAGCGCAGCAAGCACAGGAAGAUGUUGGAGCAGGUGAGGCAGAACCCUCUCCUCUUCUGCCAGCCUCUAGCACCGUGGCUGUCAAAGGGGCGCCCACCAAGCCCUCAGAAGGUAAGCCUCUGGAAACAGACCCUACUCUCGACCAGCCUGCAGUGGAUGACAAUGGCUGGCCUUUGAUAGACUGGGGAAAAGCUCAAAUCGAUACCACAGAGCGGACCCCGGAUUCAUCGCCCGAAGCUCGCGCCAUCCCGUUUGAGCCAGGAAUCGCAGAUUUCGAUGAGUCUGCUAUCCCCGAAGGCGUGACUAGACGACCGAGCUUGCGAGGCAGGAAUAGUAGAACAAGACACUCCAGCCUGGAUAGGCGUCCAGAAGGGCAAUUUCGUCUUGACACAGCUUGUGUACCAACCAGUGCAACGACUUCAGGCGGGAACGUGGUCCAGAAAGGCCCGCACGAGGAUCUUGACGACAUUUUAGAAGGUACGGGUGUCAAAAAACCUGAGGGUGAAUCCAGCAAGCAAAACAAAGUGGCGAGCAUCUUCCCUGAGCUCGAGCGUGGCUUUUUCCGACGGCCGGCUUCGAUUCAAGAACUUAGGUCAGCAAAAGAUGGGGCUGAGGAAGAGACCAUUGGCAAGGAAGCGAUUCGCGACAGCGACACGGUCUUGGAAGCUCCUAUCGCGACCAAAAGAGCUGCAGAUUACAAGGAUGCUACGCCCGAUCUGACGCUGGAUGACAAUACGGCUACGGCACAAGAGCAAAGAGGGCAAUCCGAAGAGGCGGAGACUCCUGUUAUUGACGUUGAGGUUGGUCCUGCAUACAAUGUCUCUGUGCUGUCUGACGGGCCACAUGAGCCAACUCGGUCGAUCGAGAUUCAGUGGGAGAGGGCAGAGGAGAAGAGUCAAAAUGCUGCAACAGAUACGGAAACACCAGUCCAGCAAGACACGCCUUUGUACGCACCGUUGCCUCUGCAUGAGCAUCCGUCGGUGCUGGCUCGAUCCUCGCCGCCGAGUGACGUGGAGAUUGGACUGCCAGAAUCAUCGCGACCAGAAUCUACGUGUAGGCUUCGACGUAGCCCUUCAAUCCAUGGGCGCCACCGGCAGAGCACUUCCCCUCGUCAAGCGUGGUCGUUAGACGAACAACCAAGUGCAUCAGGAAGAACGCCCUCGCCGCCAGGAGCAGCGGGUCGGGACUCGGUCUCGCCUCCACGAACGCCACUGCAUACCAUUAAGGAAAAUGAGAUCGGGGAUCGAUCGAGGAGACCCACCAGCGCCCCCGGUCGCGGGACGCCCCGUCUGGAGAUGGGACCGGAGCAUGUGCUUUCACCACGUCCUGAAACUCCGACUAGGAAGUUCACCGACAAUGCUUUGGGUCGCCAGGCCUGGCCAACAACAGGAGAAGCCGACGAUGAGACGGAUGUUCAGAAGCGCCGACCGGAGAAUCGGGUUAUGCAGAGCGAUUGGCCAGCGGAAGUACUCAAGACGCCAGAACAGGAGAUGCCAAUCCUGCGACCGACCAGCAGCGUCCGUUCGUUGCGACGAACCCCUCGCAGUAUGAGCGGCAGUGAUUUGCGGGCGGUCAGUCAAGCACUGGCCCAGCCUCCUUUUCCUCCUCCUCCUUCCUCUUCUCCCGCCCCAGCUUCCGCCUCCGACCUGAACAUCGAGCGCAUCGCGUCUUCCUCUUCCUAUGACCCCGUCACCGACAAGGGCAAACGCCCCCUCCGGAACAUGACUGAUGUUUACGAGGGGUGGGGAGAAACACCCAGCUCGCCUCGGUCGCCUAGCCGACCGCCCAGCAUCCGCCAUCGUCGCAGCAUGCAACACCUCCAAGAACUCGAAUCCCGUCUCGAUUCAUUGAUCUCCGAGAAUCGCUUGCUUGUUGCUGCCCGCGAGGCUGCGGAAGAUAAAUUGCGUAAUGCUAGCGUCGCGCGCCGGAAGAGCGACCAUGCCCUUAACAGGAGCGACGCUGACCUGCGCGACCGGUCAGCCGAGGUGGAACAACUCAGGAGCUCAGUCGAGUGGCUGCAAAAGGAAGUGUCUCGACUGACAGGAGAGAAUGAAGGUUUAGUUACUACGAACUCGAGUUUGACGGCGACUCAUGCACAAGAGGUGCAGACCAUGCAGGGCGCCUACGAUCGCAAAAUCGAGGAAUUACGUACUGCAAAUCAGCAAAUGUCGACCGACAUGCAAGCCAAAAUUCGGCACGAGAUUGACGUCGCCGUGGCACAAAAAGAUACUGAGCUCCGACGAUUACGAGAGGAGUUGGAGAACACCCGCGACAAGGUCAAACAGCUACAACAGCAGAUUGCGGAAAACAUGCGGGACGAGGUUCUCGUCUUCCGCGAUGAGGAUUACUUCGACGCUGCAUGCCAGAAACUAUGUGGUCAUGUGCAGCAGUGGGUCCUCCGCUUCUCCAAGCAUUCCGAUCAUCGUCGCUGUCGCAAACUGAGUGACUUGCAAGACGAGAAGAUUGCCGACCGGUUCGAAAAUGCCAUUCUGGAUGGCUCCGAGGUCGACCUCUACCUCGCCGACCGUGUCCGACGCCGGGAUAUCUUCAUGUCAGUGGUGAUGACUAUGGUAUGGGAAUACAUCUUCACUCGAUACCUGUUCGGAAUGGAUCGCGACCAGCGACAAAAACUCAAAUCCCUGGAGAAGCAGUUGUCAGAGGUGGGGACGCGGAGUUCGAUCCACCGUUGGCGGGCCACUACCUUGACUUUGCUGUCGCGACGACCAAUUUUCUCGAAACAGCGUGAGACCGAUACCGAAGCGGUUGCUCUCGAGAUCUUCGACACGCUAUCUCGCCUUCUUCCACCACCUAGCAAUGUUGAGACCCAGCUGCUCGAUUCCCUGCGUAAGGUGCUGCGUGUCGCCGUCCACCUGUCGAUUGAGAUGCGCACGCAGUUGGCAGAGUACAUCAUGUUACCCCCGCUGCAGCCUGAAUACGACACGAACGGUGAUCUCGCGCGGCAGGUCUAUUUCAACGCGUCGCUGAUGAACGAGCGUAGUGGCGAGACUACGUCCAAUGAGGAGCUGGAGUCUCAGCAGGCCGUGGUUCGCAUUGUAUUGUUUCCCUUGGUGGUGAAAAAGGGCAACGAUACGGGUGAUGGCGAUGAUGAAGUGGUCGUCUGCCCGGCUCAAGUGCUCAUUGCCCGACCGAGCAAGGACAAGAGGGUGUCCAAGAUGGUCAGCGGUGAUCGCAUGUCGCUGGAUGCCACCCGAUCGGUGCACAGCGCGGCUCCAUCAUCGACCAUGGACUUGAGCAACGUGAUUUGAGGCGUCACACUCGAAUCACGACCUGGUCAAGCUCAAUAUUUGCGAUGUGUCUGGCAGAUGACGGGUUGUGGACCGGUCUUUAUGCGUUCUAAUACCCACUUGGACUUGUGUUGUUUCUUUCUUUUCU